AUGGUGCUCGAAGACAUCCUAAGCCCCGGAGAUGGGUUCGCAAAUGACGAGGUCCCUCCACCCGAUGGCAAUGAACCUCAUGGAGCACUCGCACCAGGCACGGAGAAGUUCACUGUUGACAGCACCCGCACCGUGGCCGACGCCUCUGCUACAGUCCUUUCCGAAGAACUUCACUUAAGAUACCGAGCCAAUAAAGGACCGCUCCGCCAUUACCGUAUUCCUUUCGAUCGAAUGCCCGUGCAAGGUAUCACCCGCAGAGCCGCCUUUGGAAACCCUGGCAGAACCUCUAUCACCUCGCGCUCUCUGAUUGAACUUAUGAGCCUCAUGGAAACACUGAAUGGCAGACCCCUAACGCAGUCAGAAGCAGAAGGGGUUGCACUACACCUAUGUCGUAAACGUGUCUAUAGUCAAGCAGCAGCAUACGGAGGUAUUGUUGCCGGAUGCGCGUGGGCUUUCUACAAGAGAAAGACUUUCAAAUUCCCGCUGCGCAAGCCAAAACCUGUAGAGCGCUAUGAUGCCUUUCCGCUUCAGAGAGCAGCCUUUCUGACCGGACGAUAUGCCCGAAUGGCCUGGCAUACAACGAGGACGAUGGCCUAUAUAGGCGCUUCAUGGCUGAUGCUGCUACCACUCUUUGAGUAUAUGGGCCGAAGUGCGCAGGCUAUACACAUGAUGAGGGAUGAGCGAACGAGAGCUCUUGCCCAGGAGUUUAGAAGUUCAUUGCAAAGAGCACAACGGGACAUACAAGAAGACCUGAAAAGAAAGAUCGAACAAAGCUUUGGAGGUACCGCCGAUGGCCAAGGUGCUGGUCAAUCAUCCUCACCAUCCGAUCAGCCAGAUUCGCAGUCCUCAGGCUACGGAGAGUACUAUGGUGGUUCGAAAGGCGGCUACGUCCAAGACGCCAACUCGCCAACCUCGCCCUCCUCACAGCAUUCACAAUAUCCAUACUCCGACACAUCAUCCAACACCGGUCUUCUCAGUGAUGCACAAAUGCAGUCCCGCACCCGCUCUCAGCGCUCCUCACCCUCUUCCUCCGACCCCUCCAACCGUAACACCUUCUCACUCGAAAAAGUCGACCGCCAACCCCGCACCUUCGACUCCGAAUACAAUCCACCCAACGACUCAUCCUCCUCCUCAUCCCCAUUCUUCGACGACAACGACGCCUCCCCCACAGCAGGAAAUGAUCCCUUUCCAGACUCCCCCUCCACCCCAUCCCCCGCACAUGCGCCAAUCCCGCCCCCAAUCCGCCAGCGCCCGCCAACUCCAACAAAGGAGCGCCAAGGACGAAUACGAGACCAGCGGGGACAGCUUCAGCUUCAGCAAGGAAGGCUCGGAGAGGCAGUUAGCCAAGGAGCAGGCGCAGAGGGAAUUUGA